AUGUGUCCCAUGGCCAUACCCAAUUAUUAAUGAAGAUUUGCCAUUGCACCAGAUUAUUCUAAUCUUUUCUCUUCAAUGAGAAUUUAUCUACUAUUCUAUGGUGUUUAAUGUUUAUUAUAUAAUUUUUAAUAUUUAGACAUAUAGUAUCCAAUAGCUGUAACAAUGUUUAUUUAUUAUUUUAUCACGUGGAAAUAUUGAGUACAGAAAUGUAUAGUUUUAUAUUUUUAAAUAUAUAAUUCGCGUUUUUUAAUAUAAUACACUGUUAAAUAGUGACAAUUAUCAAAAUCAAUGCAUGACUGCUUAUAAUUUAAAAUGACUCGGAUUAUAAAAGAUGUACAAAAAAUGAAGAAGAAAAAGAAAAAAAUCAAGCAGUUAACUAAAAAUGAAAUUUUAUCUAAUUAUUCUGCGGACAAUGCAUUGAAACAUAAUACUCAGCUAAUCACCACAUCACCAAAAAAAAUCACAGCAUCCUGUGACGAAUAUUUGAAUUUUGACAAAACAGGAGGUACCGAUUUACUGAAAGAUGAAUUUUCAACUCAUAUUUCUAUUGCAAAUGUUUCAGAAGUAGAAAAAGGAUUGACAUUAAAAAGAAAAUUAAAAGAAAAAAAGAAGAAUAAAAUGGGAGAUAAAAAGAAAAUAAAAAAUAAUAAAAAAAAUAAAAAAAUAAAAGCUUCAUUAAAGACAAAUAAGUUUUAUACUGAGACGUGUGAUGAAAUUAACAAGAAUUUAAGUAAAGACAUAAUAGGCGCUACCAAUUUAACCAAAGAUGAAUUGACAACUUGUAUUUCUAUUUCUAAUGUUUCAGAAAGAGGUAACAUACAAUUAACAUUAAAAAAACAUAAGAAAAAAAUGAGAGAUAAAAAAAAGGUACACGAUAAUAAUAAUUUUGACAACAAUAAAGCUUUAUCAAAGACAGAAACAAAUCAAAAUACUCUAUCAAACGAAGACUGUAAAGUGGAUUUUCAUUUGAAUGAAUUCAAGAAAAAAGCUAAUAAAGAUAAAACUGUUACUAACAUUAAUACAAAUAUUAAUUCUAUAAAUGAAGAGGAGUAUACAAGGUUGAAAAGGAUAAUAAAAAAAAUUAAAAAGGAAAAAAAAAAGAAAAAAAAUCUACAGGUUCAACUUAUAAAUAAUUUAGAAAAUGAAAAUGACGCAAUUCAUUCAAAGAAGAGAGUUCAAAGUAAAAAAAAUAUGUGCUCUAAAAUGCUUUUGGAUUUAAAUGAACCCUUCCAAAAAAAUCUCAAUUAUUUGGCUGAUACUUCCUUGUGUACAGACUAUGGUAAUGCUUUAUUAAAAAGUCAAUCAAAAAAAAUCAAAAAAAAAUUUAAAAAAUCUAAGAUUGCAACUAAAGAAGAAACUGAGACGUCAAAAGAUAAAACUAAACAUAAAAAUCAUAAAAAAAUGAAAUACUUGAAUAAAGUAAUAACUGAAGAUUAUUCAAAAGAAAUAAACAUGGAUACUGCUAUAAUCAACAAUACUUAUAAUUCAAGAAUUUCAAAAAUUCACGAGAAUCCGCCCAAAAUAUUACAAAAAUUAUUAAAGAGGAAGAAGAAGAAAGCUUUAAAGGUCACGGAUUAUGCAGAAACAAUGUCACAGAAAAAAUCGAACAAACAUAAAGGACAGACGUUUGAUAAGGAAUAUUCGGAAAACAAUUACACUUGCUCAAUGGACAUGGAUAAGGAGACAUACAAUAGUAACGUUCAUGAUGUAAGUGAAAACAGCAAAAGAAAUCUUGAAAUUGUCGUUACUGGGGACAAUCACACAUUAAAAUAUCGCUCCAUAACCAACACAGAUUUGUAUUUCAGUCCAUAUUAUAGUAAAGAGUUAAAGAAUACUAACAGCGUACACAGUCACGAAAAUGUUCAUAUUAGAAAACUACCUCUUGUGUGCAACGUUUGCUUUAAAACAUUUAUCAGCAAAUCUAAAUUAAGUAUACAUAAAAGAACGCACACCGGUGAAAAACCAUAUGCGUGCAAUGUUUGUGGACGAUCAUUUGCAAAAAAUUCAUCUUUGGUUGUUCAUUAUAGAACUCACACCGGUGAAAAACCAUAUGCGUGCGAAGUUUGCGGACGAUCAUUUACGAUACAUAAAACUUUGGCUGAACACAAAAGAACGCACACCGGUGAAAAACCAUAUGCGUGUAACGUUUGUGGACGAUCAUUUACGAUACAUAAAACUUUGGCUGAACACAAAAGAACGCACACCGGUGAAAAACCAUAUGCGUGCGAAGUUUGCGGACGAUCAUUUACGAUACAUAAAACUUUGGUUGUACACAAAAGAACGCACACCGGUGAAAAACCAUACGCGUGCGAAGUUUGCGGACGAUCAUUUACGAUACAUAAAACUUUGGCUGAACACAAAAGAACGCACACCGGUGAAAAACCAUAUGCGUGCGAAGUUUGCGGACGAUCAUUUACGAUACAUAAAACUUUGGCUGAUCACAAAAGAACGCACACCGGUGAAAAACCAUAUGCGUGCGAAGUUUGCGGACGAUCAUUUACGAUACAUAAAACUUUGGCUGAUCACAAAAGAACGCACACCGGUGAAAAACCAUAUGCAUGUGGCCAUUGUGAAAAAAAGUUCUCAAGAAGCUCUAAUUGUCGAAGACAUACACGAAUAAUGCAUAUCCAAUGUUUUUAAAUUCGUUACUAUUAUUAAUUUUGUAUGACGUUUGUUGGUCCAUGCAAAUGAUUACUGAGUAUGGUACGAAAUUUCAAAACGUACACUAGAUAGUAAUCGUACGACGUAUACCAAUGAUACGCUGAAAAUGAACUACGAAUAUUUUUUGACUUGUUACAAAUAUGAAUAUAAUUGUCAUAGACAAAAACUUGAUGAUAUCAUUUAUGGACAUUUAUGCGCUCCAUACACAAUAUAGUAUCAAUAAAAAUGUUCUCUAUUCCAGAAGGCGUUUGUAAUUAAGCAGAUUGCGGUAUGACUGAAAUUAGAAAAUAAUAUUAUGAACGUACUUGCUAUAACAAUACUACGAGUAUUAUUCAUUU